AUGUUCGUGUGGAAACGCGAUGGACGCAAGGAGCGUGUCCAGUUCGACAAGAUCACAGCUCGUGUCUCCCGACUGUGUUAUGGCCUCGACGCCGAACACGUCGAUGCCGCGGCGAUCACUCAGAAGGUUAUCUCAGGUGUCUACCAGGGAGUCACCACUAUAGAGCUUGAUAAUCUGGCCGCAGAGACUGCUGCAUACAUGACAGUCACCCACCCAGACUAUGCCAUCCUCGCUGCACGAAUUGCCGUCUCCAACCUCCACAAGCAGACAAAGAAGCAAUUUUCCGCUGUCAUCAAUGACCUAUACCACUAUGUCAACCCUCGAAACAAAAAGAAGUCCCCCAUGAUCAGCCAAGCAACAUACGAAUGCAUCAUGAAGCACGAGGACGAACUCAAUUCUGCUAUUGUCUACGAUCGGGAUUUCCAGUACCAAUACUUUGGAUUUAAAACCCUCGAGCGAUCAUACCUCCUCCGUCUCGAAGGCAAGGUUGCCGAGCGCCCACAACACAUGAUCAUGCGUGUAGCAGUUGGAAUCCAUGGUGAAGACAUCGAAGCCGCCAUCGAAACAUACAACUUGAUGUCGAGCAAAUACUUCACACAUGCCUCCCCAACACUCUUCGCCGCCGGCACACCACAAGCACAACUUUCUUCUUGUUUCCUGAUCGAUAUGAAGGAGGACAGCAUCGAUGGCAUCUAUGACACAUUGAAGACCUGUGCUAUGAUCUCCAAGAAUGCUGGUGGUAUUGGCCUCAACGUCCACAGAAUCCGUGCUACUGGAGCCUACAUCGCUGGUACAAACGGUAACUCCAACGGCAUUGUUCCCAUGCUUCGAGUCUUCAACAACACCGCCAGAUAUGUUGAUCAAGGUGGCAACAAGCGUCCUGGUGCAUUUGCCAUCUACCUUGAGCCAUGGCAUGCUGAUGUUUUCGAGUUCCUUGAUCUGCGGAAGAACCACGGCAAAGAGGAAGUUCGCGCUCGUGAUCUCUUCUACGCUUUGUGGAUUCCUGAUCUUUUCAUGAAGCGUGUUGAAAAGAACGGAGAGUGGACUUUGAUGUGUCCAAACGAAUGCCCAGGCUUGGCAGACGUUUAUGGUGAUGAGUUCGAGGCUCUCUACGAGAAAUACGAGAGUGAAGGCAGAGGCCGCAAGACCAUAAAGGCCCAGAAGCUUUGGUACUCUAUUCUUGAGGCUCAGACCGAGACCGGUAACCCUUUUAUGCUUUACAAGGAUGCAUGCAACAGAAAGAGCAACCAGAAGAACCUUGGUACCAUCCGAAGUUCUAACUUGUGCACAGAGAUUAUCGAAUACUGUGCUCCAGAUGAAGUUGCUUGUUGCAAUUUGGCUUCUCUCGCUCUCCCAUCCUACGUUGACAUUACCAAUGGUACCUAUGACUUCAACAAGCUUCAUGAGGUCUGCCAAGUUGUCGUCAAGAACUUGAACAAGAUCAUUGAGAUCAACUACUACCCAGUCCCCGAAGCUAAAAAGAGCAACUUGCGUCACCGACCUAUUGCUGUUGGUGUCCAAGGUCUUGCUGAUGCUUUCUUGGCUCUUCGCCUGCCAUUCGACUCUCCGGAGGCUAAGCACCUCAACAAACAGAUAUUCGAGACAAUUUACCACGGUGCCUUGACUGCAUCAGUGGAGCUCGCAAAGAUUCACGGCACCUACGAGACAUAUGAGGGCUCCCCCGUCUCCAAGGGAGAGCUACAAUAUGAUAUGUGGGGCGUUACUCCUACCGAUCUUUGGGACUGGGACAGCCUGAAGCAAGAGAUCAAGCAACACGGUAUCCGAAACAGUUUGCUUGUUGCGCCUAUGCCAACAGCCAGCACCAGUCAGAUUCUGGGCUUCAACGAAUGUUUCGAGCCAUACACAUCCAACAUCUACUCUAGACGGGUGCUUGCUGGAGAGUUCCAGGUCGUCAACCCUUGGCUCCUCAAAGAUCUUGUCGACAUGGGUCUCUGGUCUGACAACAUGAAGAACCGUAUCAUCGCUGAUGGUGGUUCUAUCCAGAACAUCCCCAAUAUCCCAGCUGAUAUUAAGGCUUUGUACAAGACCGUGUGGGAGAUCUCUCAACGCAACAUCGUCCAAAUGGCUGCUGAUCGUGGUGCAUUUAUUGAUCAAUCCCAAUCUAUGAACAUCCACAUGAAGGAUCCAACAAUGGGCAAGAUUACCAGUAUGCACUUUGCUGGCUGGAAGUUGGGUCUCAAGACUGGAAUGUACUACCUCCGCACAAUGGCCGCUUCAGCCCCCAUCCAGUUCACUGUCGAUCAAGAGGCUCUUCAAGUUGCUGACACCAACGUUGCUCGGGAGCGUUUAACCAAGAAGCGACCUUCUGCUGGCUUUAUUGGAGCCUCUUCACAAACAUCCGCCCCUCGCCCUAUGUACAUGAAGCAAAACUCAAACACGAGUGCCCCAAACGGGGUCCCGACGCCGUCGACAACCCCACCGCCGGCGUCUGAGAAAAAACUUGCACCCACCCCAGUCAAGGCUCCAGUUUUCAAAGCCGAUGUCGAAGAGGGAGAUUCUCCCAAGUCACUCGCAACCGAGCCAGCUACUAAGCCACCAAAGGUUGAGGAACUUCCUGAGCCUACCGUCCCGGCUAAGAAGCAGGAAGAGGAUAACGCCACUGAGAGUACCGAGCGAGAGAAUGAUAUUUAUGCCGAUGCAGUUUUGCAAUGCAGCAUUGAGAACAGGGAAGAAUGCCUAAUGUGUAGUGGAUAG